AUGGCUGUGAAAGAUGGCGUCUCCUACUACCCGACGAACAACCUGAUUUCGAAGAAGCCGCGGAAACACUACCGCAUUCCUGUUCGAUCUCAGCACUGGCAACUACGAUCCCUCAUCAGCGCCGAGAAACAAAACUUUGUCUACUUUCCCGGAGGCACCGGUAGCAACCACGUCCAACGGCUCAACACAGCGACCAAGGUAUGCGAGACCGUCAGGUUUCUCUCCUUUUCGCCACGGUGCCUGGUGGCUGAGAACGGCUGGGUAUGUUGCGGAGGAGAGACGGGCGAGUUCACGGCGAUUCAGACGGACAGCGCAGGCGAUGAUGACAACAACCUUGGUCUCCAACUCAAUCUCGAACCCGACGUUAGAUUGCCCCUCGGACUCGACUCCGACUCUGCUCGGCCAGAAGACAACAUCUUUUCUCUCCUCAGCCAGGCGCGGCGGACGAAUAUGAGUAGCAGAACGAACAAAAGCGUUGUUGCUAGGAGCCAGAAGCUGGCGCGUGACCGCGUCAACUGCAUAACGAUGUGGUUUCCGCCAGCCGCCGGCCCGAUGCACCAUGGUGCCUAUACCGAACCUGCUGCCGUCCUGGCCAACAACGACAAGACGGUAGUCCUGGUCGGACUGCACGACUUUGAAAAUCAGGAGAAGGUUGAGCCACUAGAUGUUGUAACGUACCCGGACUAUGUCAACCGCGCCAUCAUUUCGCCCGACGGCCGUCUUCUGAUUGCGAUUCUUGACGACCCCUUCUUAUACAUUCACCACAGAGUUGAGGCAGCCGUUGAUGAGAACGGCCCAUUCAGAAGCGACGACAAGAUUGAGUACCGCUGGGAGCUGUGCGGCAAAAUCCUGCUCAAGAGUCAGCGGAGAGACGACGGGUCCGACAGCAGAGGGAGUUUUGCGGCAUGCUUUUCCAAUACUGGGGCAUACUUGGCUGUGGGAACACAGUACGGCACGAUCUCUGUAUUUGAUGUCGAGAGCCUCACUGACCCUGACGUUGCCGAUCCCUUGUUGACCUCUUUUACGUCAUCACGUCCGAUGGCUGGAUCCGGGGCUGUCCGCGACAUGGCUUUCUGCCCUGGUCCUUACGAUCUCUUGGCCUGGACAGAAGACCGCGGACAUGUUGGCAUUGCCGAUCUAAGAAGUGGCUUCGUGCAGCGUCAAGUCCUGGAUAUCAGUGCUACCGACGACUACGACCACAUUCCCGUCCUCGACCGUGCCACGAUUGACCCUCGUCUGCUUGAGGGUCGUGGUGAACCAAGUGAUACUUUAUCCUCCAUUUUACCAGAUGCUAGCGAGAUACGUCGGCGGCGCGGUGAUGGCCCAAGCGGCCGCCACCACCUAGCCCUUACGCCCGAUGAGACGCGGGUGCUCGAGGCUUUGCAGGAGGAGCGCAGGAGACGUGAAAUGAGAGAUCGAAUUUCGGCAAGAGUGGCAGAACCAGGGCCACAGCAAUCGCCGAUGCAAUUCUUUGGAGCGAUGCCCCCUCUGGGAGGGAGAGGGGCCCGGAUUGAUCCUGAAAUACUGGCACGGGCACGAAAUGGGAGUGCCGCGCGUCGAGAGCAAACGGCCUCGAUGCGGACAACCCGCGAGCGUACGGCUGUCGAGCCCGGAGAGCCCAGUGACGAUGCCAGCCAGAACGUAUCCAGGGCUAUUGGUGACCUCCUUGGCAACAUUCGCGACUCGAGAGAACGAGCGCAAGAACGCAUACGGACUACUCAACGGCUUAUUUUGCAGUCCAACACCGAUCGAGAGCGCAUGCUGGACUUGGCGAAUCCUCAUUUGCCCAGGCGUUCGGCGAGCAUACGGCCAAGCGACACUUCGGCGGCGGCGGCGGCGGCGGCGGCACAGCGUGGCACAGGCGGGGUUCGCAGCCUGACGUCUUCCGGGAGCGGCUGGGCAGACCUUGAGGCUCUCUACAGCCUUUCCUUCGAGAGCAACAUCCAGGAUCUGCGGCAAGCCGUCAGAGACCGCGACAGAGACCGGGACCGCACGUCAAUACUUCCGCUACUCAACUCCGUUGCGAUUCGCGAGCUGGAGGAGCGCAAUAGCCGUCGGCGUGUCGUGCUUGAGCAUGGCGUUCAUGAGGCUCCUCCCGAGCCCGAUAAUACCGCCGGAGUUUCGUGGAGCGGGAAUGGCAGGAUACUGUACGUGGGGGCUGAAAACGGCAUUUACGAGUUCCAUGUUGAUGUACAAGGCCGCAAGUUCCACCCCAGCUUGACGUUGCGGUAG